CUCCCUGCCUUUGGGAUUCUUCAGUGUGCAGCUCAUAAAGACUUUCGCUCCCUUAAAGUAACUUGUGAAACCUUUUGAAUUCUUCCCUGGUCUAACGGGACUGUAUGAUGUCUGAGGACUUUCAUAGCUUUACCGACAGAAGGCAGAGGCCCAGCAUUCGAAUGCUUGGAGUGAGUGAUUUGGGAGGAUUUUGUCCCACGAGAACAACGAAUGUUUUCCUGAGACUCUAGAGAGCCAUUCUUGGGUUUGCUGUAACGUCUCAGGGUAAGAGAGAGAGACAGAGAGAAAAGGAAAGAGAGAGAGGAGAAAGUGAGAGAAUGAGACGAUUUGCCACUCUCCGAGCUCCACUUUAGGACGCGUACCUCGCAUGGCCUCCGGAACGUGUCUCCAGAAACGAACCCAAAUAAAAACGCUUUGGCUCUCAUUGUCAUCGUGACUGGAAACGACAACAGUAAACUUGUUAAAGGCUGAGAAGAGGUUGUCACUGUAAAGGAGAUGGGACCCCCCACGGAGUGGUUUUAAUGAAGAUGCGUUCAAAACUGUCAUCGAGAUUUGACUUGAAAAUGAUGCCGAGUCCGAGAAACACCGCGCACGCGACACGGGUCUUACCGGCAGAAAACUACUUUGCAUACAGUAACCGACCUGGCUGCGCGGCUUCAGGUGUUCGGGUGUGAAAGUUGACCGUUUGCUGUGAAAGAAGGUGAAACAAAGUGAAGAAGGUGCGAGAAAUGGGAAGACACCAGAGGAUGAGGAUAAUUGUCCUCCACAAAAUGAGCAGAACAUCUCACGUGCCCUGUAGUGUAGCUCACGCCGCUGUCUGAGUGUCGAUACACUUUGGUGUAUUUUAAUUUCGCUGAGCCAGUAGCGCUUUUUCUUGCACUCUGAAGUACACCAAGAUAUUGAAUUUUACAUUUUUACAGGUUUCCAUUUGAUGAAACUAUUUCGACAGAAUGAAAUGAAAUGUUUUGCUCGUGCAAUUCUGCAAGGCCUGUUGAAUUACGGGAAAGCUUCUUUUUAAAGACACCUGCUUUUUACUUCAACGUUCCUAGUUCUUCGGUUUUUCUCAAGGUUCCAGGGGAACUUCUUCAAAAACACCACAUGACCGAGUGAAACCUCAUCAUAGCCUGGGCCAACCAUGGAGCCGGCCCUCAACUGCAGUGCGGAGUGCCCAGGGCCCGGAAGCUGCUUCCUCCAACCGGGUAUCGACAACCAGGAGGCCUGGAGGGUCCUGCGCAGACUGUGCUCUCUGGCUCAGGUUGGUCAUGGUCCCCCCAGAACACAGUCUCUGAUUCUGAGGGCCAUUGUGGGGGUGAUGCUCUCCGGUGGCAUCCUGCUGGCCCUCUUCUUUUUAGCCUUCACCCUGCGCUGCAGGAACAACAGGAUAGUGAAGAUGUCCAGCCCCAACCUGAAUGUGCUGACCCUGUGCGGCAGCGUGCUGACCUACUGCAGUGGCUUCCUGCAUACCACAGAGGAGAGCUCCCUACUACCUCUUACCAGCCGUGCAACUCUAUUCCAGGUCCGGAUCUGGACCCUCUGCAUUGGUAGCUCCCUGGUAUUUGGACCCAUCCUGGCCAAAACUUGGCGCCUGUACCGGAUCUUCACCCAGCGAAUGCCAAACAGGCGGGUGAUCAUUAGAGAUAUCCAGCUCAUUGGUUUGGUGGCCCUGCUAAUUCUGCUGGACGUCCUGGUUCUUAGUACCUGGGGUCUGACUGACCCGGUCCAGUGUGCAAGGUCCAUUACAGCACUCGUGAAGGUGGCAGAAGAGGACGUCUCCUACUCGCUGUCCCAGGCAGAGUCCUGCUCCUCACUCUACACUGAUGUCUGGAUCUUCAUUCUGUCUGUGCUCAAGGGUGGCCUCCUUCUGUAUGGGACCUACCUGGCAGGUCUGAGCAGCAAUGUCAGCUCACCUCCAGUGAACCAGUCCCCAACCAUCAUGGCAUCUGUGUGUUUGGUCUGCCUGUCCGUGGCAGGUGUUAUGCUUGUGUCUGGACUGCUGCCGGCCUGGCCAAGCGUGGUCCAUGGGUUUGUAUCCGGAGCCAUUUUCCUCUGCACGCUGACCAUCAACUGCGUUCUGUUUGUGCCACAGCUGAGGCAGUGGAGGCAGUUUGAGGGUGAGCAGAAGCCCAGUGCCAAUCAUAUGGCCAAAUUCUUCAGUAGCCCCAGCAAGGGCCUCUACUCCAUGUACAGCGAGGAGGGUCUCUACCACUUGCUGGAGGAGAACGUGUCCAUGAAGAGGCUCCUCACAGAGAAGGAUGCCGUUAUUGUGAGCUUACAGGAGCAAGUGAACAGUGCCAAGGACAAGCUGCUAAGACUGAUGUCAGCGAGUACACACCCAGGGGCCUUCGAGCUGCCUUACCGCCUUAGCUUGUCCUCCACGCAUUCUGCAGAGCUGGCAAAUUCCUCAAGCCCUUUGCUGAGCUCCAUCACUGCAGCCCUUCCUAGUCCCUGUUCUAUAGUUACUGUAAAUGCAGUUGCACAAGGAUCACCUAACAGCAGUUUGAAAAGUGACAUCAGCACAGAGAGCAGGGCAAAGUCUGUGUAUAAUAACGUAGCCAUCAAGGGCGAUUCGGAGCACGUGGACCGUGUCACAGCGCCCAGCCUCCGGCCCGGUAGCUGCGUCAGCUCCACCUACGCCCAGACCUCAGUCUCCUCACAGCAAAGGGAAGUGGUGUCUCCAGGCCCAAGGAGCGAGCAGGCUUUCAUCAGCAGUGAGCAGCUGCAAGAGGUCCUUCAGGAACUCAGCCUGGACGCCUUCAGCGUCCUGCACACUGGGUCUUCGUCCGGUACUCCGGUUAUCCCUUAUUACCGUGGCAUGUCUCCCUACGUCAUGCGGAAAAGGAGGCCCCCCUUUCGCGCCUCCAUGCGAGGAGCUUCCACAGGUUGCUCCCUAGGGUCCCAGCACACGUCACAACCACUGGCUCUGUCUGCUGUGCACAUCGAUCUCCAAGCACCCCAUGCUCUCAACCCCAGGGAGAACAGAAGAGUAGAGGGAGAAGAGGAUGAGAAGGAAGCUAUCCCAAAGCAGAGAUCCCAUGGCUUAAAGGAGAACCAUUGUGGGGCAUCAGGAAGACUUUUCUUUCCACCCGAGUUAGCAGGGUCGCACGGAGUACCUCGGCCUUGCAAGACCGAGGGUCCACUGCAAGCGCCGUGGGAUGAUUCCGAUUCGGAAUCCAGCAGCUCUGAGGAGGGCUGCUGUUAUCGCAGGCCCUACUGCCGGGCCUGCGUAUUAGGCUCCUUUGAGUCAGUUGAAACCUCUGCUUCAGAGACGGACAGCGAGUCUGCAGCGGUUCCGGUCUGUGGCUACAGGAUUCACUCACUUGUCAGUUUCAAGGAGGACCUAAGGCCUACCUUUGUCUGAACAUGCAUCAUGAGCUGCAAGCCAAGCAGGAUGUAAUGCUGUAACCGUGUAACACUGGAUUCCUAUGUUUCUGGAUCUCUGUUCUCUCCCUGCUGCCUUGGGAGAUGUGUGUUAUUUUGUCAUGAGCUCCCUACUAGUUUUGGACCACUUACCAGUUAGAGAGGCGCAGAUCAUUAUACAUUUCCCUCUUAAUAAGUCAUUAACAGUGUUUUCAUCGGCUUCCUGGAAGGCUGCGCGCCGUGCGUUAUUUAUACAUCCCCACGUAAAGCCGGAUUUUGGCAUAGCUGUUAUAAAGUAGCAUGGUUUAUCACCAGAUUGCCAGUUUGCUUUACAUGCUGACUCAUCGUUGAUCCCUGCUGUUUCUGCAUCAGUCGCAUCGCAGUGAGUGCUGACAGAGCAGCGGCAUCCCGACCUGCCCCGCCCCCCAGCGCUAGCCUGUCACUGCACCUAUUUCGGGGUGAUGUGUUCAUACGAGGAGGUGUGGAUCUGCACGCAAGUGCUGCUUUCCAGCCUCUCAGCUGUGAAUUAGGCUUCCGUUAGUCUUAUUUUUAUGCAGAUAUUGGCAUUUUUCUUUAAUGGUUUCAUUAUUGUAGCUAUAAUUCAUCCAGUGUUUGUCUAUCGCUUUUACAAGUGCAUUCAGCCCUCGUAUAUACGGGUCCUGUAAAACCAAAAAAAAAAAUGCUUCAAACCCUUAUGAAAGUAUAUACUCUUUUAAAUACAACAGGCUUAUCAUGGAAUGACAUUUUUGCCCAUUUUAUUUACACAGCAGGUUUUUAAUUCUGUAAUUUGCAUAAGAUAUUUUGGACAGAGACACAUAUUUGCGUCUGUCUCAAACCAAAUGAUUUUUAACCCUCAAUCGCGUCAAUCGGGCUAUUUUCCGGCAAAAUGUUACUGUAUUAACCUCUAAAUCAGACUGGAAACAAUGACCAGUAGUGUCCAAGUAGGGUGAGAAUGGUGGUGGUUGAACUACAAUCUUUUAAAACGGGCACUGGAUGGAGACAGAUAUUCCCUGCAGUAGUUUAUUAACAUGGUGACGUUUCUUUCAUGGCAAAUACCAACUAUACGGUAUACUUACUACCUCCUGUCAUAUUGACAGUCUCAGCCAAUCACAGUCACCAAGUUAUAUCUAACACCACAACUGAAAUAGUAGAAUUAAUACUAUUCUUAAUUUAUCUGAUGCUUUUCUCCAAAGUGACUUAAAAUGUUAAGCUUCUUACAGUCACAGUAUGUAUCCAUUUAAGAAGCAGGGUAAUUUUUACAGGAGCAAUUCAAGGCAUGUACUUUGCUCAAGGGUACUACAACAGGAGCAGAGAUCAAACAUCUGUUAUUAAUACUACGCAGUACCUCUAAUGGCACGGUGUUUGCAAGCUUCUUAGAGCAAAAGUUAUAGGCAAUGAUCUUCUGAACAAAUCAUAGGCAGUGAUCUUCUGAACUUUAUUUUUUUAUAAGAUCUAUGAGCCAAGUUAUCAAAAUGUCUCUAUUUUCUAAAUGUUUUAUACAUAUGUCACUGUGGUUCAUACACUUAUAAAAUGUGUACAGUGAGCUGCAUGCAUUGACUAAGUUAUAAAACUGAUACCAAGCAACAGCUGAUUGUCUAGAAGGAUCAGACAGGGUUAGGUGAAAGGACAAUGCUCCGUUUGGACCCUUUCUUUUGUGCUGUAAUUUUCCACUUUGAAACGUGAGAACGACGAGGAAUAUUUAUCAGUAACUUUAUUUCACUUAUUUCUGUUGUAUUUAGUUUUAAUUUAAUGUAUUUUAUUUAUUAUCACCAUUUUUUUAAGGAUACUUCUGAUAAUAUUUCACCCCAUCACCUUACUAUAAG